AUUUCCAAUAAAAACUGGAACAACUGAGGUGCUCUAAAACGUUUGACUGGUUGUGUAAGUGAUGUAAACUUAUACAGGGAUUGUCCACUAAUCGGCCCUUUAAGGAUUUCUGUUUGCAUUAUGUUGUAGGAUCCAACGUCAGCUCGAAGUGCAACAAAAACACCAGCAGACUGCAAUCAUUGGACUCCAGGGCUGCAGGCUGUUGUUGUGUCCUGCGGCUGUACGACUGCGUAACAUCUGACCUGUUUGCUGUACAUCCUGUGAUGAGCUCAGAGGUCUUCUUAUAUGGCCGGCGACUCAGACAAGUGUUUCUUUAGAGUAAAUAUGUUUAGCGUUGGUUUUAUAACAGCAGGUGGGAAGAGCCUCAUCUGUGCUUUAAAAAAAAAAAAAAAAAAAAAAAAUCAGCAGGUUAUGAAGAGUGUCUGUUGAACUUCUCUGAACAUUUACUCUGCAGCUCACCUACAGCUCUGGUACCAGGAGUACUGGUGACACUUUAACGCUUCUGAAAACUUCUCAGAUUUUCAGGGUUGAAUUAUAUGGAGGAAAUCCCAAGAAACGCUUCGGUGACCACAAACGGAUCAGUUAUGCGCAUUUUGUCCACUGACAAUAAGAAUAUUGAAAUUUUAGAGAACGGAAAAAGCAUCAGUGACGUCAUAGACCGUAAGAUUAAAGAGCUCAGCACCGUGGACAAUGAGGAGCCGUUCUACGUGCUGAAUCUUGACAGCCUGCUGAAGAGACACCUCAGAUGGAUCACCAACUUGCCUCGAGUGAAGCCUUUCUAUGCGAUGAAGUGCAACAACACCCCGGCGGUCGUCAGGAUGCUGAUGGCUCUGGGAAUUGGUUUUGACUGUGCCAGCAAGGCUGAGAUCCAGCAUGCCCUGUCCCUGGGAGCGACCCCUGACAAGAUGGUCUACGCCCAUACGACCAAACCGCUGUCCCACAUCAGAUACGCCUGCACCCACGGAGUAGACGUCAUGACUUUUGAUAGUGAGGACGAGCUGCUGAAAAUCUCCCUGUGUCACUCCCAAGCCAAAUUAAUUCUGCGCAUCGCAACGGACGACUCCAAGUCACUGGUGAGACUCAGCACCAAGUUUGGAGCCAGGAUGGCGUCCGUUGGAAAGCUGCUGGAACAAGCCGGAGAGCUGGGCCUAGAGGUCAUCGGGGUCAGUUUCCACGUCGGCAGCGGAUGCACUUCCAGCUUGGCCUAUAAGAAGGCUAUAGCAGAUGCCCGGCUCGUCUUCAAUAUGGCGAGUUUGUUGGGCUUUCAGAUGAAACUCUUGGAUAUCGGUGGCGGAUUCUCUGCCAUCGGCGACUUCCAAGACAAAUUUGAAGAGUUUUCAGACGUCAUUAAUGAGGCGCUGGAUAAGUUCUUCCCUCCUGACAGCGGGGUGGAGAUCAUCGCAGAACCAGGACGAUACUACGUGGAAUCGGCCUUCACACUGGCAGUGAACGUCAUGGCCAAACGAGUGGUGGCCAGUGAAGUGGAUGAACAAAACAAUGGUGAGGAAAACAGCCCAGACAAAAUGAUCAUGUACUACAUCACUGAUGGAGUCUACGGCUCGAUGAGCUGCAUCACCGCUGACCCUGUUCACAGCAAGCUAGAACCAUAUCCACACAGAGCGGUUGACGGCAGCGAGCCCAGAUACCCGUCUGUUAUCUGGGGUCCAACCUGCGACAGCAUCGACAAGAUCACUGAGAACUACUGGCUGCCUGAGCUGCAUGUGGGGGAAUGGCUUCUCAUCGACAACAUGGGCGCCUACUCCGUCAGUCAAGUCUCUGACUUCAACAGCUUCGAAAGAGCUCGCAUUUACCCUGUGGUCUCAGCUAAAACAUGGGACACCUUAAACCUGUCUCACACCUACGCCAUCAUUCACUGACAUCAGCCUGAUAAUCAGACAUGUAGAUUUAGGUUCUUUCUUUCUCACACCAGAGGAGAUGGAGACUCUGCCUGUUUAAACAAAUAAUAGGAUUUGUUUAGUAUUUUGGCUGUGAUUGUACUAAAAGAAAUUACACUUGAAGACCUAAGAGUGAUUCUUAAUGCAAUAUAAAUGCAAAUGUAUGGGGUGUCUGAAAACAUUUUUCCACCACUGUAAUGAAGGAAUGUUUUUCAAACUA